AUGAGGGUCUUCCACGAGGGCCGUCCCAACCCGAUGCUUGCCGAGUAUCUCGAGCUUAGAAAGCAGGAAUACACAACAUUGUACGAUCGAUGGUGCAACGGUGCCCAACCUUACGACUCGCCUCCCCCGCAUUGGCCUCCGGCAAAGUCCAUGCUCAACCGCCUCCCCCACGAACUGCACCUCCUCAUAUUCUGCUACCUGUACCAGGCCGACCUCUUCCACCUCGCCCUCACUUGCCGCUACUUGGCCGACCUUGCCAUUCCCGCCUUGUACUCCCGCGACGUUGCCGAGUUCGACUGCCUCUCCCUCCGAUGGGCCUGCACCUUCAGCUUCCUAGAAACGCUCGACCGUGCCCUGUCCCAUGGCGCGUCGGUCAACCACCGAUUCGACCACGGCACCGCGGUAGACUGUACCUGGGUCAUCCGCGAUCCCGAUUUUCACGAGUGCAUGUUCAACACCCCACUAAAGCUCGCCAUCUACAUAGACGACGCCUUGCUGGUGCGAUCACUUUGCCAGAGAGGCGCCGACGUUAACUCUCCUGACAGCUAUUCGGUCAACUGCUACGCCUACCGACUGAAAGCUUCAUAUCCUCUCCACCGCACCAUGGAUGACACACCCAGCCUUCAGCGCGGAAACCCCCGUAUUGUUCAGGCCCUUUUGGAGGCCGGGGCCGACCCCAAUCUGUACACUGGCUGGUCCUGGCGCUUUUAUGGCCGGUACCCGUACGACGCACGGCACGAGCUUCCUUUGGGACUUGCAAUGCAGUCGUCCGUACCGGCAGAAACAGUCCAACUCCUCCUGCAACACGGGGCUGAUCCGCUGCUCAAAGGACAGUACGGUACGUGCCAGAGGAUUUUCCACUUGAACUCGCGCCCUGAUGUAUCCGCUCCGGUGAUCACGACCAACAUAACAAGGGAUGCAUAUCCGAGCGGGCUGCAUGGUGAACUUACUCCCCUGAUGGCAUAUCUAGCGUCCAGUGGCCGGGACACUUGUUCUUUUGAUGAAGAAAAGGUGCGGUUGCUGUUGCAGUACGGGGCUGGUCGUGAUGCUCAACGUAUAGUUGCUAUGCUCGCGAGCGAUCAGGAGUGCCCAUGGUAUAACAAGGAUAGAACCCCCGAGGUCUUCCGGAUAUUCGCCCUAAGCUUGUCCCAGCCGCCUGGCUUAGAUAUGGUGAGUUUCGCCCAACGCGAGAUUUCUCCUUUUCUGGCUGUUACUCAGUUGACCGACCGCUGGAUAACACACUGCUCCACUGUCUACGGGCUUGGUCACACGGCUAUAGACUUCCUUCAAAUCACCUCUGGCCUGCUAAGACGCAUGGGCGAAGCAUGCGAGACGGAUGGCGAGACUCUGUUCGGCAGACCCUCCGCCGCCGUUGACACCCGAGACUUAUCCAACAACUACAAUUCGACCUGGUGGACCAGUGAUUUGACCGCGCUCCGCUGGGUCUGUCUGCCGUUUGGCUUCCUUGGUUCUUCCACCCUCGUCACUUCUCUGCUUGCAAUGGGAGCAGACAUGGACAGAAGAGACUCGGAAGGCAUGACACCACUUCACUUCGCGUCCAUGUUUGCCUCGGGGGACAGGGUCCGUCCUUUGGUGGAGUUUCUCGGCGGUCCAGAGAUUUCUGGCCUGGCAAUCGAUGCCCGUGACGUGGUAGGUUGGACCCCGCUUCACUUUGCCUGUUUCUUUGGUCUGUCCACCCAGCUCGACGAGCAAGUUAGGGCAGCACGCCUUCUUCUCGACAACGGUGCGGAUAUCCACGCCCAGACCAUCGGUGGCUGGGCACCUAUUGCACUAGCUGUCAAGAAUGCAAAUCUCGGGCUGGUAAGGCUUCUGCUAGAACGAGGCGCUCGCCGGAGGGACAUGUUCGGGCCUCCUGGAUACGAAUCUUUACGGGCCAAGAUGUUCUUUUGCAGAUGUCUCGGGCUUUCUUCGUUCGGCAGUGAACAUUGGCGCGCUUCCCGCCAGAAUCCGCGACGGGGUAGCAGCCUGACGAGACGGAUCAAUGAGUUGAGGCGCUUUGCUGCUGCGGCCGAUGGUGGUGAUGAAGAGUAUUGUACGCCCCAGGUUCCACUGCUUUUGACCCUGCCACGACAUGCACCAUCGAACAGCGCGUACAUUGCCAACCUUAGGGCUGCCAAUAUAUUCUAUGAACAUGAGACGCUCUCGUUGCUCAACCCCUUUAGUAGGAACUCGCCAGCUUUGAAUGGUCGGGCGGAACUCAUCAGGACCAACGUCGAUGAAUAUGCGGAUCAGGUGCUGCGCAACCUUGCACGCAACAACACGACGAGUGCGAUAAGGGCGCAGCUUUUCUCCAGGGACGGCAUGUACUAUGAUCAAGCACCGAAGCUGGCUGUCCAGUGUGUAGGUAGGUGCUACAUUCGGGAUGGUGAUGACGAUGAGGAUUGA